CUAUAUUGUGCACUUUUAUAAUAUUUUGAUUUUUGGUGUUCAGUUUAGUAAACAGUUGUGGUUAUACAUAAAAUAGUUUAAAUUUAAACAGUGUAAAGUAUUUUUUUAAAAAUGGGAAAAGAUUGGCAUUUUGGAAUAAAAUCACGGCGCAAGUUAUUUGUUCCAAAAAAAAAACCAAAACAUAAUUUAGCUAACUUGACUUCUAAAAAACGCAAAAAAAAUGACAACGACAGUCAAAACAUAGAAACUGGUUCUAAUAUGAAUUUUCCUGAAAUAAUCACGCCAAAUAAUUAUAUUGAAACUAAUAUUGAAGUAGCGACAUCAGGAGCAGGUCCAUCCGGAUAUGAUAGUAGUAUGAGUGAAAAGGUGAAAAGCUUGUAUGGUUGGUCAGAGAACGAAAAAAAUUUUAUUUAUAGGCAUAAGGAACAAAUAUUGUUGUAUUUGUCAUCGGUUUUUAAAAUUAGAUUUAGAAAGUAAAGAUCAUUUCUGCAUUAAAAAUUGGAAUGCACCUUCAACUGCAAUGGAAGCAGACAUUAUAGUGGAUGGUAUUAAAAAUAGUUUAG